AUGAGAUGGGCUGGUAAUGCCAAUGAAUUGAAUGCCGCUUACGCUGCUGAUGGUUACGCUAGAGUCAAGGGUAUGUCAUGUAUCAUCACAACUUUUGGUGUCGGUGAAUUAUCCGCUUUGAACGGUAUUGCUGGUUCUUACGCUGAACACGUUGGUGUCUUACACGUCGUCGGUACCCCAUCUACCACUUCUCAAGCUAAGAAUUUGUUAUUGCAUCAUACUUUAGGUAAUGGUGAUUUCACUGUUUUCCACAGAAUGUCCUCCAACCUUUCUGAAACCACUGCUAUGAUCACUGAUGUUACUACUGCCCCAGCUGAAAUUGAUAGAUGUAUCAGAACUACUUAUAUUGCUCAAAGACCUGUCUACUUAGGUAUCCCAGCUAAUUACUUUGAUUUGAAGGUACCAGCUGCUUUAUUAAACACUCCAAUCGACUUGGAAUUACAUCCAAAUGAACCAGAAGCUGAAAAGGAAGCUCUAGACAUGAUCUUAGAAUUGAUUAAGGAUUCAAAGAACCCAGCUAUCUUAGUCGAUGCUUGUGCCUCAAGACAUGACGUCAAGGCAGAAACCAAUAAGUUGAUUGAAUUGACCCAAUUCCCUCAUUUCGUUACUCCAAUGGGUAAAGGUGCUAUCAAUGAACAACAUCCAAGAUAUGGUGGUGUUUACGUCGGUACUUUAUCCAAGCCAGAAGUCAAGAAAGCUGUUGAAUCUGCUGAUUUGAUCUUAUCUGUUGGUGCUUUAUUAUCCGAUUUCAACACUGGUUCUUUCUCUUAUUCUUACAAGACUAAGAAUAUUGUUGAAUUCCAUUCCGAUUACAUCAAGAUUAGAAACGCUACAUUCCCAGGUGUUCAAAUGAAAUUCGUCUUGGAUAAGUUAAACGCUAUCAUUCCUGAAGUUGUCACUGGUUACAAACCAACUGCUGUUCCAGCUAGAGCUCCAGCCAACAAGGCUGUUAGUGGUACUACUCCAUUGAAGCAAGCUUGGAUGUGGAAUCAAUUAUCUAAGUUCUUAAAGGAAGGAGAUGUCGUUAUUGUGGAAACUGGUACUCCCGGUUUUGGUAUUAAUGAAACUACAUUCCCAAAGAAUGUUAUUGGUAUUUCUCAAGUCUUAUGGGGUUCCAUUGGUUAUGCUACUGGUUGUACUCUUGGUGCUACUAUGGCUGCUGAAGAAUUAGACCCACAUAAGAGAGUUAUUCUUUUCACUGGUGAUGGUUCUUUACAAUUGACUGUUCAAGAAAUCUCUACUAUGAUUAGAUGGAAUUUGAGACCAUACUUAUUCAUCUUGAACAACAACGGUUACACUAUUGAAAAGUUAAUUCACGGUCCAACUGCCCAAUAUAAUGAAAUUCAAAGCUGGGAUCAUUUGAAGUUGUUGGAAACUUUCGGUGCUAAGGAUUAUGAAAACCACAGAGUUGCUACCACAGGUGAAUGGACCAAAUUGACUGAAAACAAGGACUUCAACAAGAACUCUAGAAUUAGAGUCAUCGAAGUUAUGUUACCAGUCAUGGAUGCUCCAGAAUCUUUGAUUAAGCAAGGUGAAUUGACUGCUAAGAUUAAUGCUAAGAAUUAA